AUGAGUUCAUCCCGAGUCAGACCACAGCAGCUGCCGCAGAGCCAGACUGCCAAGGUGCCGCACAAACUAGACUCAGGCGAGGGGAUAGAGAUGGAAAACAUCCAGCAUCAAGACCUGGGUCUCGGGGGAGUCGUAGGCACCCCGUCCCCCCCUUCCAGACAAGCCUGGAGCCGCGACAACCCGGGGUUUGAGCCCGAAGAGGAGAUCAUGGCAGCCGACUGGCCUCCAGCAAGUCCCGGGAGGAGGUCGGUGUCCACGGCCUCCAGCAGCAGCUGCAGCAGCGGCCUGGGCAGCUUCCCCGGAGCGGGCAGCAGCACCCACAUCACCCGGGGAGGACUCUACCCGACCCCGACUGUGGAUGCCCGGCAGCAGGACAGGCAUCUCCACCGCGGCUAUUUGAAGCAGAUACUACAAAAGAUCAGAAUUCUGUGGGGCACAGAGCUGAUGGAGGACAGUGACAGCAGUCGAGAGCGGUAUCUCAGGAACGUACUGAGGGAGAUGGUCACAUACAUCGCAUUCCUCAUCACUGUUUGUAUCUUGACUUAUGGGAUGGUGAGUGCCAAUAUGUACUACUAUACCAAAGUCAUGUCUCAGCUGUUCCUGGACACACCGCUGUCUGCCGGGGACCCUUCCUCUUUUAGAAGCCUCUCAACCAUGGAGGAUUUCUGGAAGUUCACAGAGGGACCUUUCCUCAAAGGCAUGUACUGGGAGGUGUGGUACAACAACAAGAGCCUGCCAGAGAAUCAGAGUCUCAUCUACUAUGAGAACCUGCUCCUCGGGGUGCCACGGCUCCGACAGGUUAAAGUCCGCAAUGAGUCCUGCUCCGUCCACGAAGAUCUGAGAGGCGAGAUUCAGGACUGCUACAACAUGUACACCCCGUCCAACGAGGACACGGCCUCCUUUGGCCCCAAGAAUGGAACUGCGUGGAUGUAUACAGCAGAGAGUGAGAUGGCUGGCAGUGGUUAUUGGGGCCAGAUAUCUAAAUAUGGAGCUGGAGGAUACUACCAAGACCUGUCCCGAACGAGAGAGGAGUCAGCAACCCAACUGCAGUUCCUCAAAGACCAUCUGUGGCUGGACCGAGGCACCAGAGCCGUGUUCCUCGACUUCUCCGUCUACAACGGGAACAUUAACCUGUUCUGCAUCGCCAGGUUGCUGGUGGAGUUCCCUGCUACAGGUGGGGUGCUGACCUCCUGGCAGUUCCAGACUGUGCGUCUGAUCCGAUACGUGUCCAGCUGGGACUACUUUGUGGGUCUGUGUGAGGUGGCUUUCUGCAUAUUCAUCCUCUACUACGUGGUGGAGGAAGUGCUGGAGAUACACAUCCACCGCCUGCAUUACUUCAAGAACCUGUGGAACUGUCUCGAUGUUCUCAUUCUCGUGUUGAGUGUUGUCGCCAUCAUCAUGAACGUAACGCGAACAGCCAUGGUGGGCGACCGGAUGAAAGGCCUGCUGGAGAAUCACUCCGCUCACCCCAGCUUUGAGGCUCUGGCCACCCUGCAGGUCCAGUUCAACAACGUGGCUGCAGUCAUCGUCUUCUUCUCAUGGGUCAAGCUCUUUAAGUUCAUCAACUUCAACAAGACCAUGAGCCAGCUGUCGGGCACCAUGUCGCGCUGUGCCAAGGACCUGGUGGGCUUCGCCAUCAUGUUCUUCAUCAUCUUCCUGGCCUACGCUCAGCUGGCAUACCUGCUGUUUGGAACACAAGUCAACGAUUUCAGCACUUUCCAGGCCAGCAUAUUUACUCAGUUCCGCAUCAUCCUGAGGGACUUUGAGUUCUCAGAAAUAGAGGAGUCGAACCCCGUGCUCGGACCGAUCUACUUUACAACCUUUGUCUUCUUCAUUGUCUUUAUUCUCAUGAACAUGUUCCUGGCCAUCAUCAAUGACACCUACUCUGAGGUGAAGGCCGACAUGUCCCAGCAGAGGUCUGAGAUGGAAAUGACAGAUCUCAUUAAGAAGGGUUGUAACAAAGCUUUGAUGAAGUUGAGACUGAAGAAGACGGCAGUAGACGACAUCUCUGACAGUUUGCGUCAGGCCGGGGGAAAACUCAACUUCGAUGAACUGCGCCAGGAUCUGAAAGGGAAGGGCCACACAGACGCAGAGAUUCAGGCCAUCUUUGCCAAGUACGAUCACGAUGGAGACCAGGAGCUGACGGAGAACGAACACCAGCAGAUGAGAGACGACCUGGAGAAAGAGAGAGAGGACUUGGAUCUGGAACGCAAUUCGCUGACGAGAGCCACCAGUGGGCGGAGCUUCCCUCGCACUCAGGACGACUCGGAGGAAGACGAUGACGAGGACAGCGGCCACAGCUCGCGACGCCGCGGCAGCAGCUCCGGGGGGGUCUCCUACGAAGAGUUUCAAGUGCUGGUGCGGCGUGUGGACCGGAUGGAGCACUCCAUCGGCAGCAUCGUGUCAAAGAUCGACGCCGUGAUCGUGAAGCUGGAAACGAUGGAGAGAGCGAAACUCAAACGCAGAGACGUGCUGAGCCGACUGCUGGACGGAGUCAUGGAGGACGAGCGUCUGAGCCGGGACACAGACGUCCACAGGGAGCAGAUGGAGCGGCUGGUGAGGGAGGAGCUGGAGCGCUGGGAGUCUGACGACGUGGUGUCUCAGGCCAGCCACGCUCAGCCCGCCACCCCCAGCGGCCCGCCCCCCUCCUCACUCUCCACCGACGGCCUCGACACCAGCACCAACGCGAGCGGCCAUGUGUGAGAAGUCAGCCUGAUGGAAGGAAGAAAAACACUCCUCUGGAAACUCCCCUGCACAAGCAACCAAGACAUUUCCUCACAUAUUACAAAGGAGGUGACAAAAUCAAAAAUGCACUGAAAGUGAGUGAGGUCCUCCUGUGAGACAUCUUAAAGUAUUCACUAAAGCUAAUAUUAAGUAUUACUUAAACAGGAUGAUGAAGGGAAAUGUGGAAAUAUGUGAAAGAGGUUAAAUAGUGAAGGAUUUACAGUACAGUGUUACAUUGCAGUAAAUAUUAUACCGCAGCCUGCCAGCAUGCUCAGAUGUACUCAGAAUACGCAGCGUAUGAUUUUAGUAUCACAUGAGAAAUAUGCUCACCUGCUUUUGAUUGCUGUAUCCACACAUCUUAGCAUUUACACAAAUACCAAAAAAUCGUGCUAAUUCUUUUUUCAUCGUUUUAAUACACAGUAGGUACAAGUGUGGCACGUUCUGUCAUAUUUACUCAUCCUCUGUACAUCAAUUAAGCUUCAAAUUUAAUAGCUUAUUAUCACUUUAUGAUACAUAUUGUAACUUAAAACAAACUUCGAUUUGGAGUGCAUUUAGUGUUCAUGGGAAACCCAUGCAUUUAUUAUUGUUUUUCUGUGCCUUACUUUUUUUUUUACAAUCUAUUUCUUUUUUUUAAUCUAUUAUAAUGCCAAUAAAGUGUUAUUAAAAUACUG